AUGGCUUUGAUAGAAACAUUUCUGCUCAAUAAACUUGCAGAUGCUAUCAAAGAAGCUAAGUCCUUCCCUAGUUACAGCCAUUUUGCUAUCAAAGAUGCUAUCAAAGAAGCUAAGGACCUGGUGGAGAAACUACCCCAACAAACAGAGGCCGUUAGUUUAAAUCUAAAAGAGAAGCUCUACUCUGCUAACAAUCUCGUUCUGAUCUUGAAAAAUCACCAGAAAUGGAACAUAGAGUCCUCGCGUGCGGUCAGCCGCCUUCAAGACAUCCUCAAAGAAAUCAAAAGCGAUAUAGAAAACAUCUCACACGCGAAUUCUCCGCAGAAGGAUCCGGAAGUCUAUCGGUGGAGCACCCGUUUAUUGGGCCCCACCGUAAAGAUUUAUGGGUACGAAGACAAGGCCAUGGAGCGGCUUCUCGUGAGGCCCGAGAGAGAAAACGGACUAAAGGCGUUCGGGUUUUUCGGGAUGGCAGGUGUCGGCAAGACAACACUCUGCCAGGCAAUCUUCAAUAACAGCGAAGUGGAAAAGCAUUUUUUCCCGAGAAUUUGGGUGUGCUUGUCUGGACAGCCCAAGCUCGACAAAACAAGCAGUACUUAUAUAGAGAUGGUCCUGAAGAGGAUCUUGACCGGUCUCGGGUUUGAAAAGGAGGUCCUAGAUGAACUCAGCAGCCAAGAAGAAGGUAGUGUCCGAAGACUACUUUUCGCGCUCAGGCAGCAAUUGCAAGGUAGAAAGUACUUGAUCGUGCUCGACGAUGUAUGGAAUCCGAACGAAGAGGUUCAGGCCUUUUUCUAUUCGUUAAAUCGAGAAGAAGAGGAUAAUAAAAAUAAACUCUCGUACGGGUUGCCGAGAGGGAAUGGAGAGGCGGUGAUCGUGACCAGCAGGUUGGAAAAAUUGGUGGAGAAAAUCGUUGGCGGGAAAAACACGCACGGAAUUUUUCCGCUCGAAAAUAAAGAUGACUGCUGGGAGAUCCUCAAGAAUGAGGUUAAGGAAGAUGGGACUUUACCAGAGGAGCUAAAGGAUUUGGUUGUGCAAAAGUGUGAUGGCUUGCCGUUAGCUGCUAAGAUUAUGGGGAAUAUUGUUCACGAGAAGUUAGAGCAGAAAAAGGAAAAAUCACCCGAACCAGUCGCGGCUGGAGAUGACCAUGCGUGA